UGUUUCUUCUUUCCCGGUACACAGGCGUUACAACGGUUUGGGCACACGGCUCUCCUGCUCAAAAUGGCAGUGUAGCGGCUUGCAGCGGAAAACUCGCAGCGGCAACACUUGCAGUGCAACGGCGAUUUGCACUGGCUCUAUUUAUCAAAAUGGCGUCCCUCGAGGCAACCACCCUCAGCACUGCUGCAUUUGACAGCAUAUCAACCUUUCUUGACUCGUCAUCGGAACUCCUGUUCUUUUUGAGUCUGUCUCUGACCAAGCACCAUGACUCUGAGCUCCCAGAUGUGCGUGGAAGAUAUGGGGACCCUGUUCUUGGGGUCCUCGACUCUGAUGGCUGACCCCUUUGGGCCCCUUCUGGACGAAGAUGAAGAGAGAGCUCUGUCUGAGGGGUCUUCAUCGCCCCUCUCCUUCUCUUCAUAUUCUGAUUCUUACUCCUCCUCCCCGUUUUCUUCCCCCUCAGCCCCCAGUCCUCUAGGAUGUAAAGGCGGGUGUGAUGUGCCGUUCCCCUGGCUGUCUGCCAGUGAGCAGAUCGAUGCUCACAUUGGGGCAGACCAGAGAGAAGGGGAUGCGUUUUCAGGCAUGGAUUGGAUGACGGAGAAGAUCGACCUCAGUGAUUUUGACCUGGACUCGCUCAUCGGGUCAUGUGAUUUGGAUGAGCCUCCCAGCUCUCCAGAGGAGCUGCUGGCAUCCCUGGAAUCACAAAUGGAUCUGGACCUGGUUCCACUCCCAUUCCCAUCAGCAUCCACACCUGUUCCGGAAGAGCUCAACCUGCCUACUUUCCCUCUAGACUUGCCAGUCGAGUCAGAGAUCCACCCUGAGCCUGUUUCUGUUGAGAUCAAAUCUGAGCCAGUCUCUCCGGCCCCUGCUCCUCCAUCUCCUGCAUUUACACUCGAAUUGGGCAGUGAAGUUGACAUCUCCAUCUCGGAGCUGGAGAAAACAGUACCCAAAGCCAAUGCUGACAACCAGACCCCCAGUAUCGUGCUCUCCCUCUCCCCUGCCCACAUAGUGGUAGUUCUCACUACCAAAGAAGAGCCAAGCAUUUCCAACUCUUCCUCAGACCAGUCUGACAGUGGUUUCGAAUCUGUAUCCGGUUCUCCUCCUCGCAUACCGAGUCCUGUUCCAUCUCCAAAACCUGCUGGUGCCUCCAGAACCAAACCUUAUUCUAAACCUGAUCCUGAUGCAGCUAUCGAUGUUGCUGGUAAAGUAAAGACUGUAUCGGGAACGACCAAAACAGUAGACAAGAAACUAAAGAAAAUGGAGCAGAAUAAGACGGCAGCUACCCGCUACAGGCAGAAGAAACGGGUGGAGCAGGAGAGCUUGAAUGUGGAGUGUGCUGUGCUGGAGAAGAAAAACAGGGAGCUGGCAGAGAAGGCAGACUCGAUCAGCCGGGAGAUCCAGUACCUAAAGGAUCUCAUUGAGGAAGUCCGGUCAGCAAAGAACCGAAAAAACAAGUCCAAAACUAGCUCUUCAUAAGAUGGAGGUGUCUGUAUGAUUGGCAGGAUUUUAUAAGAAAGGCACAGGAUGAUUCAGUAGGAGUAGCUGUGCUAGUGUUUCCCCACACCCUCACAAUUCCUGUAUAUUCACAGGAUAUUGCUGUGUAGUUAAAAUAUAUAGUACUUACAGUAGUUUAAAGUAGAUUGUGCACAAACCCAUUACACACCUAAAGCCCAAUCACUUCUCAUCUUUAACCUUCUCACCUCACCUCUUAACAUCAUUGUCCAGUAAGGGGCCUCGUAUCAAACAGUGGAUAUUUUUUGUUACACUGAAUAUCACGCUUGUUGCAUGUAAAUAGCUUCAGCUGCACUCUUCAGCUUUAUUUAAAACUCUGGUGUUUGGUAUGUGUUUAUGGUGUAGUAUGCUAUUGUGCGAUUUCUUCAGUUUUCUAAUAAAGCUUCUAAACUUGA